AUGACUAAAGAGCUUGUAACUGCUGAAGAGCGCAAAACCUUUGUCGACAAGUUUGACAAUUUUCUGUUCGAUUGUGAUGGUGUAUUAUGGGAGGGCACAAAACUCAUUCCCGGUGUUGAAAAAGCCAUGGAAGAGCUGCGUAGCAAAGGCAAAAAUAUUUAUUUUGUCACAAACAACAGCACCAAGUCGCGUAGCUCGUUUUUGAAGAAACUACAGGGAUUUGGGAUCAAAGCUUCUUUGACUGAGAUUUUCAGCUCUGCCUUUGCCACUGCGGCUUAUUUGAAGCAGGUGCUUCACUUCCCGGCUGAUAAGAAGGUCUACAUCAUUGGUAUGGAGGGUAUUCGAGAUGAACUUAAUUCAGAGGGCAUCCGCACAUGUGGAGGAGAAGUUGGCGCUGUGGUGAUUGGUUUGGAUCUCCACGUUAAUUACACAAAAUAUGCAAAAGCAUUCACGUACCUUAAGCGUAACCCUGGAUGUCAUUUUAUCUUGACCAACGGCGACACCACGUUCCCCACACAUGGCAGCAUUGUUCCUGGCGCCGGUUCGAUUGCUGCUCCCAUCACGAAGGCAUUGAAUAGAGGACCAGAUGCUGUUCUUGGAAAGCCAGCACAGAACAUGAUGGAAGCUAUUUUUGCCGAGUAUGAUCUCAAGCCCUGCAAGACCGUGAUGAUCGGUGAUCGUUUGGACACCGAUAUUGACUUUGGAAACCAAGGUGGAAUCGAGACACUCUGUGUGCUGACAGGUAUCACGAGCAAGGAAGAAAUGCUGUCACCCAGCAACAAGAUCAAACCUACCUACUACAUUCCCAGCUUUGCCGAUCUUGCUAGCCAGUGA